UUUUCCUUUACAUUAUUUGAAACCUCCCCUUCGUGUUAGACAAACUGAUGUUGUGCAGCGAAUCAAGCAGGCAAAGGUGGUCUGGUGUUUGAUAGUGCUGUUGAAAGGAAGAUGGGGGAACUUGAAGAGUUUUCCUUAUUUUGAUGAAUUUCUCUAUUCAGCUAGCUGUUUGUCUUUGAUAGUGGUAUUUGGAACGAGAACUUGAAUUCAGACAUGGCACAGUCAGAUAUUCGGAAGUGGUUUAUGAAACAACAUGACAAGGGCAAUGGGAAUGCAUCGAAGCCUGGGAAACCCACUAUGGAAAAGCUUUCUCCAGCGACCUCUCAACCAGAGAAGAAAUCUAAGGAUCAGGUACAGGGAAGUCAAGAUGGCUCAGGAAGAAGGAAAACUAGCAAAUUUUUUGCCACUGAUACUGAGGAACCAAGAGAUGAGAAAGAGAUGGAAACUACCCCAGCCAAAAGGAAGAGCCAAAAGAUUAGGGAUGAGCUGCACACUAAACCCCCAGCUACAAAGAAGCUUCACAGGGUAGAAGAUGAUGAUGAUGAUGACUUCAUAAUGAUAGAUACAAGGAAAAGCUCUGCUGAGGUCACUCCUACCAAAAAAUUGAAGAGUGGGUCAGGGAGGGGAAUUGUUCAGAAGCCUGUAGAUACUGAUGAAAAUGAUGAAAAUACCAUGGAUGACGAAGAUAUUGAAUCUUCUCUUAAAACUGGUGGAAGGGGUGGCGGUGGAAGAGGUGGCGGUGGAAGAGGAGCAGCAGCAGCUCCGGCUAGGGGAAGAGGAAGAGGUGGUGGGAGAGGUGGAUUCAUGAAUUUUGGUGAAAGGAAAGAACCUCCACACAAAGGGGAAAAGGAAGUCCCUGAGGGUGCUCCUGGCUGUUUGGCUGGUCUAACCUUUGUGAUUAGUGGUACUCUUGACAGCUUGGAAAGGGAAGAAGCAGAAGAUUUAAUUAAACGCCAUGGUGGUCGUGUUACUGGAUCUGUCAGCAAGAAAACGAAUUAUCUUUUAGUUGAUGAAGAUAUUGGAGGGAGAAAAUCUUUGAAAGCCAAAGAACUGGGUACUCCCAUUUUGACUGAAGAUGGGUUAUUUGAUAUGAUCCGUUCAACAAAACCUGCAAAGAUUCCCGUACAAGAAGAAAUCAAGAAGAGAACUGCAGAUAAGAAUGUUGGAUCACAAGCAAAGGAAAGUCCUCAAAAAGAAGUAAAGAAUAAAGUUACCAACUCUCCAGCAAAAAAAGUUGCUCCAAAAGUACCAGCCACUGGUUAUUCUUCUGCUAAGCAGAAGGAUCUACGUACUGCACAAUGUUCAUUACCAUGGACAGAGAAAUACAGACCCAAGACUCCGAAUGACAUUAUUGGCAAUCAAUCCCUUGUUAAGCAGCUCCAUGACUGGCUGACAAAUUGGAGUCAAAAUUUUUCUCAUGGCGGUCAAAAGGGAAAGGGAAAAAAGCAAAACGAUAGUGGAUCAAAAAAGGCUGUUCUUCUAAGUGGAACACCUGGUAUAGGAAAGACAACAUCAGCAAAGUUGGUUAGCCAAAUGCUUGGCUUCCAGGCCAUUGAGGUUAAUGCUAGUGAUAAUCGUGGAAAAGCUGAUUCCAAAAUAUUUAAAGGAGUUGGUGGGAGCACUGCAAAUUCUGUGAAGGAACUUGUCAGCAAUGAAGCUUUGAGUGUUAAAAGCGAUUGGUCAAAACAUGCUAAAACUGUCCUGAUAAUGGAUGAAGUUGAUGGAAUGUCUGCUGGUGAUAGAGGAGGAGUGGCUGAUCUCAUUGCUAGCAUCAAAAGUUCCAAAAUUCCAAUCAUCUGUAUCUGUAAUGACAGAUACAGUCAAAAACUGAAAAGUCUUGUUAACUACUGUUUGCUUCUGAGCUUCCGAAAACCUACAAAACAACAGAUGGCAAAGAGAUUACUACAAGUCGCAAAUCAGGAAGGGCUUCAAGUUAAUGAGAUUGCACUUGAGGAACUUGCAGAGAGAGUUAAUGGAGAUAUGCGUAUGGCACUAAAUCAGUUGCAGUAUAUGAGCCUUUCAAUGACAGUCAUCAAAUAUGAUGACAUAAGACAACGCCUUCUGAGUAGUAUGAAGGAUGAAGAUAUAUCACCUUUUACUGCUGUUGAUAAGCUAUUUGGGUUCAAUGCGGGGAAGUUGAGAAUGGAUGAGAGGGUUGACCUGAGCAUGAGCGAUCCAGACCUAGUCCCUCUUCUCAUUCAGGAAAAUUAUCUCAAUUACCGACCAAGUUCUGUUGGUAAGGAUGACAAUGGUGUCAAACGAAUGAAUUUGCUGGCCCGUGCUGCUGAGUCUAUUGGAGAUGGGGAUAUAAUCAAUGUGCAGAUUCGAAGAUAUCGACAGUGGCAACUCUCCCAAACUGGUUCUGUUGCAUCUUGCAUAAUUCCUGCUGCUUUGUUGCAUGGGCAAAGGGAGAUACUUGAACAGGGAGAGAGGAAUUUCAAUAGAUUCGGUGGCUGGCUGGGAAAGAACUCAACAAUGGGGAAAAAUUUGAGGCUUUUAGAGGAUGUGCAUGUUCAUUUCCUUGCUUCUCGUGAAUCUAGUUCAGAUAGGGAGACUUUGCGACUUGAUUACUUCAACCUCCUGAUGAAACGAUUAACUGACCCACUUCGCAUACUUUCUAAGGAUGAGGCAGUGCAGAAGGUUGUUGAGUUCAUGGAUACUUACUCUUUAAGUCAGGAGGAUUUUGAUACAAUAGUGGAAUUGUCAAAGUUCCAGGGACAUCCAAAUCCUCUGGAGGGCAUACAACCAGCUGUGAAAGCUGCACUGACAAAGGCAUACAGAGGAGGCAGCAGUUCACGUGUGGUACGUGCAGCAGACUUAAUCACACUUCCUGGAAUAAAAAAGGCUCCAAAGAAACGGAUAGCAGCUAUUUUAGAGCCAGUGGAAGUUGGUUUAACAGAAGAGACUAGAGAUGCACUGGCAGAAAGUGAAGAAGAGAAUUCUUCAGAUGCAGAAGAGGCGGAUGAUACUAUUAAUGUCGAGAAGAAGCUACAGUUGGAUCUCCAGAGUAGCAAUAGCAAAGGGAUUCAAGUACAACUGGACUUGAGAAACAAGGGAGGUUCUGAUGCAAAGAAGACACCGGCAAGCAAAUCAAAAGGAGGCUCCAAACCUACAGAGCAGAAAAGGGGACAAAGUUCAGGAACCAGUGCAAAGAGGAAGAGAUGAAAGGACGGACAGACGGACUGGUAUGUUCUCUGUAUUGUGCAGUGUGCUCAACACAGACGUUCCUAAAUUUUGGAUUGUUCAUACCCAACCGAUGUAAGUAAGCAGUUUCCUUUUUAAAGCUUUAUCACCCCUUUUUCCUAGUGUUA